AUGCCAAAUUAUAUAUUCUGGCCAUAUGAAUCUUUGUUUGAGAAUUUUGCCACUCAAGAAUCAUCUGCCACCCAAGAGCCACAGGUAGCUUUGGCAAUUUCAUUUCAAGAGACCCAUUUUGUUGUUUUAGGUGUUUGCAGCUCUAAACACCUAAGAGAGGUAAAUAUACGGCCCCCUUAUUCGAUAGUAGCUACUAGGGAUGUUGGAGAUGAUGCCUGGGACUACAAGGUUCAUAAACCCUGCAAUGUUCAUUUUAGAAUUCCCAAGUUAAAGUUUAUGCAAUUCUACUCAUCUGAUCCUAUAUCACUUAUUAUACCAGAAAAGGAGGUUGGCCUCCACAGUAGCGUGAGUGAAACUUUGAAUUUCACCAAAUUAGAGGAGCAUUCGAGGUAUAGAAGUGAUAACAGGAAAUUAAAAGAGACAUUAAAUAUAAUCAACCUCUUCCCCGCAUAUAGCAGAGCAUUAGGUGAACUCUAUCCAUUUGUUCAAACAUCGCCAGAAAUUUCGGGAAAGACCAUGUUUAAUAGCAUUACAGCCCGGAUUUCGUCGACUUAUGUUUAUAAGUUAACUGUGAAAAUUAGCCUCUACACGACGUUGGUCGUCUGCUCUAUUGCUAGUUUCAUAUCAUCGUUGUUGAAUUACUCACAUUUCCAGUUAGUAAAUUAUUCAGCAUUUGUCCAGCAAAUAGAUCUUCGAUGCCAACAAAUCUGCUACUUUCCUGUCCAGUAUGAGCGUAUUAACAAGAAAGAUACCAUACGGAAAGUUGGACGUAGGGUAAAGCAAGAGAAUCCUAAUGGCGAAUCAUCACAUUCCAGUAUGCCUUGUAUAUACUAUCCCGAUUACAUUUUAUUUUAUAACACUGUCUGGCUGAUUAUUAAUGACAUUUCCUUUGGGUUAAUAUUGGGAGCUGUACUCACAGAGAAUCGAGAAUUUUUGGUGUCAACAUGUCAUAAAGUACUGAAAUUUUUCUUGUAUGAUUCAUUGAAAAUGAUAACUACACUAUUAGCAAGUAAUCCUUUUGGCAUCAAAUUGAAUGCAGAGCUUGCAAACUUUUUAAGCGAACUGUUCCUUUGGGUCAUAGAGUUUUCUUAUACUGCUUUUAUCAAGUUUCUUAUUGAUCCAGAGACCUUGUCAAACCUGUUCACGUUAACGAUAUACAUGAUGUUUCUCGUUGGUUGUUCCUUUGCUGUUUCCUUGGUUAUUGAUUUUUUUGCUGUUCUGAGCUUUCCAAUAUAUAUCUUCUACCGUAUCAGCAGUAAACUGUAUCACUGUCAGCUGAAUAUUAUGGGCAGCCUUUUCAAUCUGUUUUGUGGUAAAAAGAAGAAUGUUUUACGGAAUAGAGUUGAUCAUAACUAUUUUCAACUAGACCAACUGUUAUUGGGAACGUUAUUAUUUAUCAUUCUAGUGUUCUUGACUCCUACAGUAAUGGCAUUCUAUAUGUCGUACACCAUUUUGAGAAUGCUGACAAUAACAAUCGAAAUAUCUUUAGAGGCUGUCAUUGCGCUCAUUAAUCAUUUCCCAUUGUUUGCAUUAUUACUGAGAUUGAAGGAUCCGAAACGUCUACCCGGCGGUAUUUCAAUUGAACUUAAAACUACAAGUUCCUGCAAGCAUACGACGCUAGAACUCAAAAACAAUCCUAUCAAAUUCAAAAGCAUGUUUAAACCUUAUAGUCUGUUGUUGGCGCAAAUAAAAGCGAAUUAUUUUUCGUUUGCUACUGUACGACAAAUUAUCCGAGGUGAGUCCAUAAUGGUCAACAGAAACAAGCUAUAUUACGUUCUAUAUUCCGCAUUGCCUAGUAAGCCAUUAGGUGCAAACGAUUUAUAUAAAAGGCUAACCGCCCAAGCAUAA